UUCCAACCAUAGAUGGUACGCUUGUGCUGUUUAAUGUUCCGAUGGCUGGAGAGGAUUUGAAUCUCCUCUCAUGGAACUUUCAACCAUUGGAUGCACGCCGAGUGCCCAGCACAGUUGGGGAGGAUCUGAAUCGGCUCAACUCUCCCCACCCAAUAUCCACCCAAGAGUUGAAGACCCACCUUCACUGCUAACCCAAUGUGGCUGAAGUACAUCCAAUAGAGGUUAGAGGAUGAAAACCCAUCACAAAGACAUGAUUCAUGAAGGUGUUUUGUUUAUUUGUUCUGGACCUUCCAUUACUAAAUAUGCUUGUCUGGUCUUAAACCAACAGAAGAAUAAGAAGUCAAGAACACGUCGGGGCCACUCUCCCCCUCGUAUGAUGAUGAUGAAGCCUGAGCCCUGAGGCUUCUGUAGCUGUAGGUGGUGGUGGUGAUAGUGGAGCUCCACUACCACUGCUCCCUUCCCCAAAUAAAAAAAGAAAGGGAAGGUAGAGAUGAUUUAGGAGAAAAAAACCCAACAUGAUUUGGGUCUCUGAAUGAUUAGAAACCUUAAAGACGGCUCAAUCGGCCGACCACACCGACGACCAUCCCCUGUUAGGCUUGUCAUGGUGGUCAAGCUCUUGUCUGUGUCUGUGUCUGCGUGUGUGUGUUGUGUGGCCGUGGCUGAAUGGCUCUACUUCCAUUCAAAGUUUCAAACACGCGCUUCCAUCGAGGCUUGACCACAAAAUGGAGUAGUAUUUGUAGUUCUUUGGUGGGAAAAAGAAAGCAAAAGUGGUGGUGUUUUGAUGGCUUUUUGUGUUGGUCUUCGACUGUGAGUAGUGAUUAGUGAUUAGUGAAUUCCUUCCUUCUCGCUUUGUUAUAUGAAGUGAUUUGCUUGGAUGCCGUUGGGAUUGGCAAAGGGAUGGCGUUCGCCUUUUCACAAACGCUUGGAACGAAUUUCUGUAAAGAACUAAUACACCCACCACUGACCGAGUUAACUCGCUUCCUCCUCCUUUUUUGCUCUAUUCUUCUGCAACCCACCUCCUUGACGGUUAAUGGAACUAGCCCUCCUUCUCCUUUUCCUUCAUUGACAAGGCUUGUCCUAACUGUGAAGCGUUUUUAGCUUUGGGUCGGUCAUGGCUCCUGCUGGGAAGAUUUCUUCAUUCUAUCGUGAGGGAAACAAUUGGUUCUGUAAUGCUGGUCUGCGUAGUGAUAUUACCAUUGAAGUCGAGGGUGUAUUCUUCCAUCUUCAUAAGUUUCCUCUCAUGUCAAGAUGUGGGAAGAUAGCAAAUAUGCUAGAAGAGCCCCAGAAAAAUGAGGGAGGUACUUUGAAUGCUGCAUUGAGUGAAUUUCCUGGUGGGCCCGACAUAUUCCUGGUUGCAGCUAAAUUCUGCUAUGGGAUCCGAGUCGAAUUGACAUCAAAGAGCAUAGUAAUGGUGUACUGUAUGGCAGACUAUCUUGAAAUGACAGAGGAAUAUGGAGAGGAAAACUUAUUGGCCAAGUCGGAAGGUUUCUUCCAUAAGAAUACACUCCGUAACUGGAAAGAAUGUAUUUUAGCCCUUCAGAGUUCUGAUCCUGUCAUUCCGAGGGCGGAGAAGCUCCAAAUUCUGAGCAAAUGUCUGAGUUCUCUAUCAAUGAUGGCCUGUACAGAUCCAAGUCUCUUUGGAUGGCCCAUGAUGAUGUAUGGUAGCUUACAAAGCCCCGGUGGGAGUAUCCUAUGGAAUGGAAUAAACACUGGAGCAAGAAUCCGAAGCUCAGACUCGGACUGGUGGUUUGAAGAUGUCUCUUACCUCAGUGUGCCUUUGUUUGAGAGACUUGUUCAAACAAUGAUUGCAAAAGGUAUGAGACCUGAAAUUUUGGCAAAUGCAAUAAUGUACUAUGCAAGAAAGUAUCUUCCAGGUCUUGGCCGGUGGCAGAGUAAACAAAGUGGCAAAACAAGAACUGUUGCAAGUUUCAGCUUGACACCUGUGGCCAUUGACCAGAGAGCUCUACUGGAAAGCAUUGAAAAGCUGCUCCCUGAAAAGAAAGGAAAAUCAUUUUGCCGCUUCUUGUUGGGACUUCUACGUGUGGCGAUGAUUCUGGAUGUUAAUGAACCAUGCAAGGACUCUUUGGAGAGGAGAGUAGGGGUGCAGCUGGAUCUGGCAACUCUUGAUGGUCUUCUCAUUCCUAGUUAUUCAGAUACUGAUACUCUCUACAACACUGAUUGUGUAGAGCGGAUUAUUCGACAUUUUCUGUCAGAACCAAGUAUAACAUCAUUUUCUCCAUCAUCAUUUGACCAAGAAACAUCGCCUUCAUCUGGAUCAUUAAAGAAAGUCGCAAAGUUGAUUGAUAGCUACAUUGCAGAGGUAGCUGCUGAUGUGAAUUUGAAACCUGAAAAUCUACGAUCUCUGUUGGAGGCCCUUCCAGAUUCUUCAAGGUCUUUACAUGAUGGGCUGUAUAGAGCACUGGAUAUCUAUUUCAAGGAACAUCCUUGGCUUUCAGAGAAUGAGAAGGAGCAACUCUGCAGUGUAAUUGACUACCAGCAGCUCUCAAUUGAUGCCUGUGCCCAUGCAUCCCAAAAUCAUCGGCUGCCACUCCGAGUUAUUCUUCAAGUCUUGUUCUUCGAGCAGUUGCAGCUGAGAACAGCCCUUGCUGGUUGUCUUCAUGUCUUAGACAAUGAAGGUGCCCCUACAGGUGUCACUAAUGCCACUAGUGACAUGGCAGGGCAAAUAUUGCAGAGAGAUGGUUGGGUCACAGUCGUUCGUGAGAAUCAGGUAUUGAAGGUAGACAUAGAAAGGAUGAGGACCAGGGUUGGGGAGCUUGAACAGGAGUUUGGUAGAAUAAAGCAAGAGAUGCAAAAAGUAGCUAAAUCUCAUAGCUCUCUCAUUUCUCCUCGUCUAUUAGCAAGGAAAUUUGGGUGCAAGCUUCUACCAGGAUCACAGGAUGCACAAACUGAUACACUUGAAAGUGGCGUUCGGAGCCCAAGAGUAUCGAUUGACCAGGCACGCUCUUCUCGCCCUUCCAGGCAUCGUAGAAGCUUCUCUUUGUACUGAGUGCAGGACAAAGAAUAAGUACACUGUAGGGAAAAUGGGGCGUGUGAACAUUUCCAGGUAGGAGGACAUCAUAAACAAUCAUUCCUACCUAUCACAUAUAUUGGCAUAUUGCGUGCUGGCAGAAGAGUUGGACCCUGAUAUAAGUCGCCAUGGAAGCUGCUCUAGGCCAAAAUUGAAAGGUGAUUUUACUUCGUUACGUUUCUUGACAAAUUUGUUAGGCCUCAUUUGGUUGCAAGGAAAAUUAAAAGGUAGGGUAAGUGGAAUUUCAAACCUAAAAAAGAAAUUUUUUUAAUCAUUACCCCACAUGGUUGUAUAAACUACUUAAGUCCAUAUUUAGUAAAUGAUACUUUAUAAAUGUAAUUUUUAUAUUUUCAAAACAAAGGGAUUUAGAUGCAAAGUAAAGUGAAUUUUUUUUAAGUUUCUUAUCAUAUUUAGUACAUGAUACUUUUUAGAUGUAAUUUUUAUUUUCAAAUUGAAGGGAUUUAGAUGCAAAGUAAAGUGAAUUUUUUUGUAACCAAAUUUGGAAUAAUUUAGAGUAAGUAAUAUAAUUAUGUGGUGUAAUGAUUACCAAAUUUUCCAUUUUAGGUUUAAAAUUUUCACUUCACUUCCCUUAAUUUCCCUUGCAACCAAACGGAGCCAUAAAGAUGCAUGGACAGAAAUCUGAAGUCUCUGAUCUCAUAUUUCCGACCUGAUUUCUCUGUAGUCUUGUGCGGCAUACAUGUGUACAUCACAAACAGGAAAUGUAGCUAGUUACUUAUUUUAAUUCCUACAUUUAAAUUGUCUUCUGGUAGCUCUGGGUGGUAAAUUUGAUACAUGCAAGGUUGCCAAUUGCUGGAAUGAGUGCCAGUCUAUUCUAAGAUGGUGCUAUCUGCUGAGCUCCUAUCUAAUCUCCAGAUCAAUGAGUACAUAUAAUCAACACUGCUGAAUCACCACCCUCAAGAAAAACACAAAUUAGGUUAUCAUUGCUACAGAUAUAGAUGUUUUGCUGAAUACAGCUGUGCAAAGAUGUAAAGUUUCAGAUACAGUGGGAGGCUAAGAAAGGUUUGAAGCUCCCUUUUAUGAAAACCUAUUCUGAGAAUGUUUCAAAGUUUUUCUCUUCACUUUCCUUUUACUUGGUUGAUAGCAUGGAAACUGCAAUCUCAAGCUCGCAACAGCUGAUUUAUUGCAUUUGUCCUGUUAA